GCGCAGCUCGUGAGUCCUCAGUUGAGAACUCGUGAUGAAGGCUGACUUGCGUCUCUUUCUUUGGGAUAAAGCGAAAGAAGUGGUGGAGAAGGAGAGGGACUCACAGCGACUGCAACAGAACCAGUCGUCGAUCAUGUGCUCAAUGAUGACAGCGUUGGCGCAGAUGUCUGUGGCCGACAAGAACUACAUUCACCUCCACUUCUUGGCCCCCAAAGGCUUUCUACGCAAAGACGUAGUGAAAGGGAUGUACGAAACGCUCAGAAGUGAGUUCGAGAAACUUCACGAGAGGGGCAACGCUAUUGUGUCGACCGAAACGGAUCAGUUGACCACUCUAUCCACUCCUAACACAACUCUGGCCAACGUUUCCAACACCCCUUUGGGCGCCUCUCUUAACACAUCCUCGAGUUCUUCGAGCAUUCUAUCGAUCGCCGCAUCCUUUUCUUCGGCACUCAUAUUGACGUCGAGUCCAAACUCGCAAAUGGUGUCCAACUCUAAAGCAACUCAAGAAUGUUUGGAUCGAUUGGCGGCACAUAUUUGUGGACAACUCGUGCAUUACGUGAGGGCUCGCAUCGAAAUGAUGGAAAUCUACGAAAAGAUUACUAUUGUUUCCAAUCAUAAGUUCUUGUUAUUUGACGAAUGCAUUAACGGUUUGCAAGAGAUUAUAAGAGUGAAUGGCCGGCACUUUCAUCAUCCGAUUCUAUCGGCCAUCAAAACCGGUUUCAAUAAUGAAUGCGAUAUUUUAAUGGCUUUAUUGAAAGCACACACAGAUAUACAAAAUUUUAGAUUUCUUGACAGUUUGUUUGGUAUACAAGAAGCGCAAACAAAACUUAGUUCUUGGGCUCAAAUGUCGUUGAAUAGAGAGUCACCACAGCGUAGAAACUCUAUACUGAGAACCACAGCCUCUCCUCCGCCACUGUAUCAGUGGAUGUGUCGACUGAAGUCUAGUCUAUUAUCUAAAUAUAGUUUAUACUUCUAUAGUACUCUCAGCAAACAGGUGUCCGACAACUGUUCCAAUGAUAUCAAGACUGUUUGCAGUAAGCAAUCGAUUGAUUACAUUCAAAAAGUGUGUUCAUUUCAGCGCAAAACUGAAGCCCAAUUUGUGGCCAUUCUUUUUGAUACUCACGGCUGCGACGAUUAUAAAGGCUUCGGUUAUUAUUCGCCGUACAAGAGCUUUGAAAGUCCAAAAGGCAUUGAUUCCAUACCUAUUAUUUACAAUUAUCCCUCAGAAGUGCCAAAAAAUCAUUUGCCGACUAUUAUAAUGAUUAUGAAUAACAAAUCAAAAGAACUUAAUUCUAGCGAUGCUGUGGUCUCUCUGUUUGAUUCACAAUUGAAUUCAACGUAUUUCCUGAUACGUCCGGAUCCCAGAAUGACUCUCAUUGUGUAG